AUGAGGCAGACUGAGAGCAGCACAGUCCCCAAAUUUGCGAGUUUCAGACCAAAAGCUACAAACAACCUACCUCAUGAUGGCAAGCCGUCGUCUUCUCUAGAUCAUGUUGAGGAGCCCGUUCUAUCGUCAGCGAGCAGCAAGAGGUACUGGGAACUAGAGAAGAUUAGGCUAGGCGAUGUAUCAAGAAAGAUAGACCUGAGGCAAUCUAGUGAAAAUCACCGGGCACUGACGAAUAAUGACUACAUUGUUGACAAAGUUGGUGACCCAAACAACGUCACCUUCGGAUCAAUAGACGGCCGCAAAGUUCCCAUCUAUACACGGUCUGGUAGGGGGGCGUUGCUGGGGCUUUCCCCACUUUUCAGAAUUGAUCGUUCACGGUCAAAUGAGAAGAAGGUCGUGCUUUCAUCUGCUGAAGAACGUCGAAUCGAAAGUGGUCAAGUGCUUGUCUCUAGAACUCUUUCCAGCUUCAAGGUAAAGGAGCAGGAAAUCAUUCCUCAAGCUAGCAACACAUUUGGUGAUUCGCCUCAAGCUGAUUUUGUGUUUCUGGAUGAUGCAAAGUCAUCAAAGAGAAUACGUGGCCCUGCCAGCCCAGAUGAAGCAAGCUCUUGCUCGGAAGAAGAAAAUGGGUCUCUCGACGCGGAGACGAAAAGCGGACAUGGGCAGUCCAACUACAGACUUGAUCUUCGCGAACAAGACCCCACGGUGGUCCAAAGUGAUCGACUACACUUUUCUCGGCGAAUAGAUGCGAAUUCUCACGAUCUUGACGCAUGGUUUGCUUUGAUCUCGUGCCAAGAGAAUGUGCUCGGGAAGCAGGAUUCAAGAGGAAGCCGUACAGCAGCUGAGAAGCAAAGCACUUCUGACAUCAGAAUUUCGAUUUACGAGAAGGCUUUACAACACAUAAAGGAGUCUUCAGGUCGAGAGGCGCUGCUAAUCGGCAUGAUGAAAGAAGGAGAAUACGCCUGGACUGUCGCUGAGCUAUCAGCUAAGUGGGGUAGUGUUCUCCGAGAUCAUCCAGCCUACCUGAAUCUUUGGUUAUACUAUCUGGAUUUCAAGCAGUCAGCUUUCGUCGAUUUCAAUUAUGAGGCUCUAAGCAACAUCUACCUACAAAGUUUGCAGUGCUUACGCGAAGCACGAUCCAAGGUUCAAGUAGACUCUGAUGAGCACUCCCGUUUGUGUCUAAUUCAGAUCCACCUAAUCUUGCGAUUUUCAUUGUUUCUGCGAGACAUGGGUCUCUCAGAGCUCGCUUUAGCAGUCUGGCAAGCCAUUCUUGAAUUUAAUUUGCUAAGAAAUAGAUGGGCGAGAGAGCAAGACCCAUCGCUAGGUAUCGACGUUGAAAGUACUAUAAAGCAAGAAUUUGCAACAUUCUGGGAUUCUGAAGUGGCAAGGAUAGGGGAGCUGGGAUCCAGUAGAGCCGGUCUUGAGUCAGGAAUGCACGCUGAGGGGAGUCGCGAUCGUUGCAAGACGGACGAUGUACCAUCUGACGCAAACACAUUUACCUUUUGGGCUGCUGUUGAGCGUCAGCGCGCUAGCGUCAGUCGUCAGAUUGCACGAACAACUGAUGUAACAGAAGAGAACGAUCCCUACCGGGUGGUGUUGUUCUCUGAUAUUGAACCAUUUCUAUUCAGCUUGCCUGAUCUUUCACUUUGGCAUGAACUGGUGGAUGCUUUCCUGGCAUUCUGUCAUCUACAGACACCCAGGUCGACAUCUACAAAAAUCGGGAAAGCCUGGUCAACGAAUGGCUUCCUCCGGAACGAGACUUUGUACAAGCCUCAGCACAAGGUGAAACAAGUUUUCAAUACCUCAGUUGCGUUUUACUCUCUCGAGCAACACACGAUGUACUGCAGCCCAGAUAAAUGGUUCUCACCCUUUUCCAUGUACCACAGCAAAGACUUAAGUGUCCCUGUAGACUCGGCUGUCAUAUCUCGCACUCUCGAUUCUUUAGUUCAGGCCAGUGUUGGAGGUGACGACCUAAGUAGCUACUACCUAGCAUUCGAGCUUAGCUCAAGUCCUGGCGCAGCACGCAAAAAGGCUAAAUACCUCCUGAAGAAGCGGCCUUCGAGUCUCCAGCUGUACAAUGCUUUUGCACUAUUAGAGUAUGGACAAAACAAUUCGGCUGCGGCUGAAAAGGUCAUCGUGACCGCGCUCAAGAUGACUUCGCAGGUUGAAGGAAAGGAUCAACAUGCUUUCGUUCUCUUAUGGCGGACUUGGAUCUGGGCGUUCAUCCAGGCGCAGGAGUAUAGAGAAGCCUCAUGUCGGCUUAUGUACUUUACGAACGAGUCCCGGUUAGAGCAGACCCUUCAAGCUGGUGCUUCCAGCCAGCACCUAUCCAAGCAAGCAGUUUCAAAUAUCCGCGAGAAGCUGUGCCUUACUCGCGAUCAUCUCAUCUCUCAGAGUCUAUUCAUCUUUGCUGCUGCAACCGCAGAGCUCCUCAUACUUCUCGAAUUCCUCGAGGAUCCAUCAACCUUAGAUUCAGCAAGCUUAGCCUUCAGUACCAACCUCAAACACUUCGAUAAUUCUGCCCCCAAUAAUAACAUACAAGAAGUAAUCCACCAAGGCUUCGCUCGCCUCCUAUAUCACCACGUCACGCACACGACGCUUUUCAAACCAGCCGAGAUCCGCUCCAGACUUGCAGAUAGUAUCCGCGCUUUCCCCCAGAAUACCAUCUUUCUCUCUUUAUAUGCCUGGAACGAAGCCCGGUUCAGCAUCGAUGAUCGCGUACGCUCAAUAGUCCGGCAAACACUCCACGACUCUGAUACAGAUGAUACCAGUAAAGAUAGCGUGGUCCCACAUUUCUUCGCCAUCGACGCCGAGCUCUCCCGCGGGAUCACACUAGGAAGUAAUGCUAACGCCACCAGAGGCACAUUUGAGAGGGCGUUGGAGACACGGGCGUGUGCUCAUUGCGCGGGCAUGUGGAAGAUGUAUUUCACUUUUGAGCAAUCGAGGGGGGAGAUAAGGAGGGCUAAGAGUGUGUUUUACAGGGCGAUUAGGGCAUGUCCUUGGGUGAAGGAGCUGUAUAUGCUUGCAUUCGAGUGGUUGAAUGAGGUGAAGGAUGGUAUGAAUGAGGAAGAAUUGAGAGGGGUUUACGAUCUGAUGGAGGAGAAAGGGAUAAGAGUGCAUGUGGAUCUUGAAGAGCUAAUUGAGCGAAGAGAGAGGGAUUCCAAAAAAACGUGA